AUGGAGGAGACGUGCGUGCCCCCGAGCGACCCGCUGGGCGGCAAUGCGCACGCGUUCCUCGACCUCUUCAUGGUGGUGACCGUGGGGCUCGCGCUCUGCGUCGUGCUCUUCCGCGUGCUGUUCACCGUGUUCCCCAUGCCCGCGCAGGGCUCCAGCGGCGGCAGCAGCGCCGGCGCGGCCAGCCCCGAGGCCCCGCGCAGCCUCAAGGCCACAGAGAAACACCCCGUGAAGCGCGCGGCCAGUGUGCGCGACCGCCUGGAGCGCGAGACCCGCGCGCGCCUGCCGCGCCGCUCCACGUACUACUCGAUGCCCUUCUUCGCCGACACUGUGGCCAACAAGCAGGAGUUCGUGGAGGCCAUUGUGGAGCUGGGAGACGCGCCGCUGGACGGCUGGCUACUGGUCAAGAAGGGCCUGCAGCGCGGCAAGCACUGGAAGAAGCGCUUCGUGGUGCUGGACGCGCACGCGAGGAUCAAGUACUACCCGAACGCAGACGCGGCGAGACGCAACACGAACGUCAAGGGGUCGCUGGCGGUGCACGCCGUGAAACCCGCCGACCCCUUCGAGUUCGGGGCCAAUACGCUCGAGAUCCGAGGCACGCUGGGCGGCACCUACUUUUUCAGAGCGGAGGACGACAUGGCUGCGCGCUCGUGGCUCUGCGUGCUGACGAUGCGCGCCAUCCAGGGCCACGUGCCAGGCCGGAUCGACAGCGUGCUCAGUGCUGCCGUAGCGCCUGUUCCGUCGCAGGCGGCGCUGGCAUCCAACGGCGGUGCUCCUCCGCCCUCGUCUUCGACGCUGAAGCUGCACGACUCGAGUGAAAAUGGGUUCAACGCGUUGAGCGCCACGGCCAGUGCUCUCAAUCUGCUGGGCAGCUCCGGAGAAGAUGCCGAAGUCCCCCCGGUGCGACUGAAAUCUCACGCGCUGGAGCUGCUGGUGCAGGACAUGAGUUACGACAAGGACGCGUCGCUGCGGCAGUUCUACGUGGUGGCCAAGUUCAAGUCCGAGCUGCACGACUACUCGAGCGUGCCCGUGGGGCAGACGUCCCCCAAGCCCCGAGGCGAGAAGGGCGAGAAAGGAGCUGUGGUGAAAUGGAACGAGAAGCUGACGUGGCAUUUCCAGGACCACUUGUGCUCGGAGUGCCAGGAGUGUCGCGCGCUUGGUGCGACGUCCGGCGCCUUUUGCGGCCUGCCCGACAUUAUGGUGCUGCACGUGUACGAGAUCCAUUUGCGCUAUCUUACCACGAAAAUUGGCGAGGUGUCCCUCUCUCUGCGCGAGCUGCUGGGCUUCACGGGUAUGCGCACAGCACAGUUUACUUGUGCGUGGCCGGUGACGUCUACUCGUGAUGCCAUCCUGGGACAAUUGAUGCUCUCGCUGAAAUACUCGGUGGACAAUGCUGGCGGUGCAGAGCUGAUGCAGUUCCUCGUUACCUCUGCCGAUGAGCGCGAGCUUGUUGGCGAAUACCCACUCCACGCUUCGUUAACGACACCCUACGACUUUUUCAAGAACUUCUUGGCGAAUGACACUUCAGACCGCUUGAGUGAAUACUACAAGGAGCGUGGCGACUCGGAGAUUGAGGUCGGGGAAUGGAGUCCGUCGAAGGAGUUUGGUGGUCAAGUGCGAACGAUGAGCUGCCGCUCACCCACCAAUGCUUCAAUCGGGCCAUCGCACACUAUGACAACCACGACAGACCAUGUGCCUUUCGACGAAGGCGGUAUUGAUGGCAGCGAAAAGCUUGUGAUGCAGUCGAAGGUGGUUAUGCACGACAUUCCCUAUGGAGACUGCUUCUCAGUUGAAAAGGUGACUGUUGUGGAGCGCGUCCCCUCCAGCGAUGGCAGUCCUGGCCAGCUAGUGGCGAAGAUUUACCUGGGUGUACCGUUUUCCAAGGGCUGUAUGUUCAAAUCGAAGAUCAUCUCGGCAACGCGUGAAGCUAUGGUUAGCUCCUCACGUUUGUAUUUCCACGUGGUGAACCGGUCGUUGGAAAAUCCAAGUGCAUCCGCGUCUGCAGCGCCUGCGAAACCAUUUUUGAUGUCUUCCGAAGAGGAGCGACAGGUUGUUGGCGAGUACGACCUGCACCCUGCUAUCAAGGAUGGACUUCACUUCUUCGACCUAUUCUACGCAGACAACACUAUGUCGCGGUGGCAAAAUAUCCAUAAAGAGGCGGGGGACACGGAGCACGUUGUGGGGAAGUGGGAGGAUUCGGCGGAGUAUGGCGGGCAGGUGCGGGAGAUGAAAUACCGCGCUAAAAGCAACUCGCCUCUUGGGCCGUCUUCGACGAUGGCAGAGCAGCUUGUGCACGUACCCUUCUCGUCGCAGGACCGCGACAGUUUGGAUACUGAUCGGGUCGUCAUCGAGCACAAACUGACGCUGCUUGAAAUUCCCUAUGGAGACUGUUUCCAUGUUGAAACAGUGUAUGUGAUCGAGCCCCGCACCGAUGCCAUUGGAUCGCCCCUUGCCGCCAAAGUGUACAUUGGGAUCCCGUUUUCAAAGAGCACGAUGUUCAAGUCAAAGAUCAUGUCUGCGACCAAAGAGGGUGUUGUGAAGAGUACGAAGAUGGUUUUUGAGGGACUCAAGAAGGCGUUGGAUGCAGAGGAGACUUCCAGUGCAUCCGAUGCCGCUCGUCCUUCUGGAGGUGCUGAGCAAGGCGGCGGAGCUGCUGCCCGCCCGCGAAGGAGUUCAUCCCCGGGGGUUGUGUCUCGUCGCCGGCCGAGCGUCACUCGUUACAACAGCACCCUGGAUGGAAGUGUGGCACUAGAGGAGAUUUUCGAAAACCAGCGUGUGAGCAUGUUUGGAAAGUGGGCGCCAAACCACCUGCUGCCGACAGACCGACCGCGCUUCUCGAAUCGAGAGGGUGACAAGGCGAUGAGCUUCGAGCAGGUUUCCCUGCCUCCUCACUGGAGCUGGACGACACCUUGGCGAAUUGACAAGAACUACACGGAUUGCGAUGACGAAGGGUGGAGUUAUGCUACCGACUUCCCUCGGUUCAAGUUUCACUUGGCUCGCGGCAAGUCCAGCAUGAAGCGCCUGGGUGCUUCACACUCAAGCCCCCUCAGAGAAAGUCGCCUUUCAAGCAACGACCAAGCCUCAGACAUGAACUUCUCCCAGCGCGUCCUGCUUCUUAUGGUGCUCGUAAUGGUGACUUCAUCGAUGUGGAGUGCGGAGGCCGGCGGUCCCCAGCCACUCUCUGCGCGGUACGACGACUUCCGGUUGCGCAUGCUUCAACAACGGCUCGCCAAGCAGGCGGCCUACGAAAAGAGGGAGAAGGACUUUUUCAGCGGUGAUCGUCGAAAGCGGCACUAGACGCCGAAUCGGAGAAGACCAAAGAUGCUCCCGCAGUGUGCCAAGCAAACGAGGAGAUUUGUUAACAACCUUAAACU